GAAGCAGCUGUCAGCAAAUCUGCUGCAAGGGGUGUGCACAGGGGUGUGCAUGUGAGCGUUUGUUUUAACAAGGACCGCAGCAAAAUGUCUGCAGACACUUUAAGCCUUUUGUCUUCAGAGGAGCUCGAUCGGCUGCUGUGGCUAACUAAUAAGCUGCUUCUCUCCGAGUGUGUGUUUAAUUAAGAAAGUGUGUGUGUGUGUUUGUGUGCCGAUGGGGAAUAAGCAACCAGUGUUUUCUCAGACUGGACUCCAGGCGAGGAAUGUUUUUUAACUGCUGAUCACUUUCAGAGUUAUGCUUGGUGAUAUCACACAGAAGGGCUAUGAAAAGAAGCGAUCCAAGCUGAUUGGAGCCUACUUCCCUCAAACACCAGGAAUGGAUCCCUCCAUGGGCCAGGAAAGGAGAACCCCGGUCACCCCCUCCUCCUCCUCGCGCUACAACCGCCGGCGGUCCUCGGGUUCCAGGGAUGAGCGCUACAGAUCAGAUGUGCACACGGAGGCCGUGCAGGCUGCCCUGGCAAAGCACAAGGAAAGAAAAAUGGCCGUGCCAAUGCCAUCUAAGCGCCGAUCUCUGGUGGUCCAGACCUCCAUGGAUGCCUACACACCACCAGACACUUCCUCUGGAUCGGAGGGCGAGGGUCAGGGCGAUGGCGACGAGGAAGUAGGAGGAGACGGAGAAGAAGAGGAUGGCGGAGGAGGCGGAGGAACCUCUUCCAGCAGAGAGGGUAGCAUCAGCAUGGAGCACUGGAUCCACCGGGCGGUCCACGGCAACUCCUCCACCACCACCACCUCGUCAACGGCCUCCUCUUCUUCCUCUUCUAAUCGCAGCGAGGGUAGCGGGGCGGCCGCAGGCAGGCUGGCUGACGUACUGGCCCAACACGUCCACAUCUCUGCCCAGCACCACCUCCGCCAUCACCGUCAUCAUCACCGCCACCACAAGACAGAGAACCACUCUGCUCCCCCAGAUGUGACCGGCUACACCAACAACACCUCCAACACAACGACCACAGACGGGAUCCAGGUGGAGAGGGCACCGGGCGGCGGAACUGCAGCCCCGAAGCAGACCCCUAAAUAUGGAAACGCCGAGCUGAUGGAGACCGGAGACGGUGUUCCAGUGAGCAGCAGAGUUUCAGCCAAGAUACAACAACUCGUCAACACGCUGAAGAGACCCAAACGACCUCCGUUAAGAGAGUUCUUUGUCGAUGACUUUGAGGAGCUUCUGGAGGUCCAGCAGCCGGACCCCAACCUGCCCAAGGCCGAGGGGGCGCAGAUGGUCGCCAUGCGGGGCGAGCAGCUGGGCGUGGUGACCAACUGGCCGCCGUCUCUGGAGGCAGCGCUGCAGAGGUGGGGCACCAUCUCUCCAAAGGCGCCGUGUCUGACCACCAUGGACACCAACGGCAAGCCGCUCUACGUGCUCACCUACGGUAAACUAUGGUCCAGAAGUGUGAAGGUGGCCUACAACCUGCUGCACAAACUGGGAACCAAACAAGAACCACUGGUCAGGCCUGGAGACCGGGUGGCGCUGGUCUUCCCCAACAACGACCCGGGUGCCUUUAUGACGGCUUUUUACGGCUGCUUGCUGGCUGAGGUCGUCCCCGUGCCAAUCGAGGUACCACUGACCAGGAAGGACGCCGGCAGUCAGCAGAUCGGCUUCCUGUUGGGGAGCUGCGGGGUCACCGUGGCUCUGACCAGCGACGCCUGCCAUAAAGGGUUACCCAAAAGUCCGACCGGAGAGAUCCCACAGUUCAAAGGUUGGCCCAAGGUUCUGUGGUUUGUCCCAGAGUCAAAACACCUCUCCAAGCCGCCCCGAGACUGGUUCGCCCAGAUCAAGGAUGCCAACCAGGACACAGCCUACAUCGAGUACAAGACGUGUAAGGACGGCGGUGUCCUCGGUGUCACGGUGACCAGGACAGCCAUGCUCACACACUGCCAGGCCCUCACACAGUCCUGCUCAUACACAGAAGCUGAAACCAUAGUGAAUGUAUUAGACUUCAAGAAGGACGUAGGACUCUGGCACGCUGUCCUGACUAGUGUGAUGAACAUGAUGCAUGUCAUCAGUAUUCCCUACGCCCUCAUGAAGGUGAACCCUUUAUCCUGGAUCCAGAAAGUCUGCCAGUUUAAAGCGAAGGUGGCCUGUGUGAAGUCCCGGGACAUGCACUGGGCCCUGGUGGCCCACCGGGACCAGCGAGAUGUCAAUCUGGCCUCCCUGCGGAUGCUGGUGGUGGCCGACGGUUCCAAUCCCUGGUCGAUCUCGUCCUGUGAUGCGUUCCUCAACGUCUUCCAGACCAAAGGUUUGAGGCCGGAGGUGAUCUGUCUCUGUGCCAGCUCCCCGGAGGCUUUGACUGUAGCCUUACGGAGGCCGUUGGAGGAGGGAGCAACCCCUCCGAGCCGCGGCGUGCUGUCCAUGCAGGGUCUGAGCCACGGAGUGAUCCGGGUCGACUCGGAAGAAAAGCUGUCCGUUCUCACUCUUCAAGACGUGGGUUCUGUCAUGCCCGGAGCGUUGAUGUGUGUGGUAAAAGUCGAAGGGGUCCCUCAGCUCUGUAAAACCGACGAGAUCGGAGAGAUGUGUGUUUGCACCGUUGCCACGGGAUCCUCCUAUUAUGGUCUGGCUGGUAUGACAAAGAACACCUUUGAGGUCUUCCCCGUGUCCAACAACGGGACACCAAUCAGCGAGUUUCCAUUCACCAGGACCGGUCUGCUGGGGUUCAUCGGACCUGGUGGUCUGAUCUUCGUCGCCGGGAAGAUGGACGGUCUGAUGUUGGUCGGAGGGCGGCGUCACAAUGCCGACGACAUUGUUGCCACGGCGCUGGCCGUGGAGCCCAUGAAGUUUGUCUACAGAGGCAGGAUAGCAGUGUUUUCCAUCACCGUGCUCCAUGAUGAGAGGAUUGUGGUGGUAGCUGAGCAGCGACCAGACUCCACUGAGGAGGACAGCUUCCAGUGGAUGAGUAGAGUGCUGCAGGCGAUAGACGGCAUCCACCAGGUGGGGGUGUACUGCCUGGCUCUGGUACCCUCCAACACUCUGCCCAAGACCCCUCUGGGUGGCAUCCACCUCUCUGAGACCAAGCAGCUCUUCCUGGAGGGGGCGCUGCAUCCCUGCAACGUGCUGAUGUGUCCACACACCUGUGUCACCAACCUACCUAAACCCCGGCAGAAACAACCAGAGAUCGGUCCUGCAUCUGUGAUGGUCGGGAAUCUGGUGUCUGGGAAGAGGAUCGCUCAGGCCAGCGGCAGGGACCUGGGUCAGAUCGAAGACAAUGACCAGGCAAGGAAGUUCCUCUUCCUGUCCGAGGUGCUGCAGUGGAGAGCUCAGACAACUCCAGAACACGUCCUGUACACACUCCUCAACUCCAGGGGGGCCAUAGCCAGCUCUCUGACUUGCCUUCAGCUGCACAAGAGAGCGGAGAAGAUCGCCGCUGUGCUGGGUGAACGGGGCCACCUGCAGGACGGAGACCACGUUGCCCUGGUUUAUCCUCCAGGUAUCGACCUCAUCGCUGCGUUUUAUGGAUGCCUUUACGCCGGCUGCGUCCCAAUCACAGUGCGGCCUCCUCACCCGCAGAACAUCGCCACCACGCUGCCCACAGUCAAGAUGAUUGUGGAGGUGAGCCGGUCAGUGUGUGUGAUGACCACGCAGGUCAUCUGCAAGCUGCUGAGGUCCAAGGAGGCGCUGGCGGCCGUGGACAUCCGCACGUGGCCGCCCGUCAUAGACACAGAUGAUUUGCCAAAGAAGAAGCCUCCCCUGCUGCAUAAACCGUCCAACCCCGACACCCUGGCCUACCUGGACUUCAGCGUCUCCACUACCGGCAUGCUCGCUGGAGUCAAAAUGUCCCACACAGCCACCAGUGCCUUCUGCCGCUCCAUCAAGCUGCAGUGUGAGCUCUACCCGUCCAGAGAGGUCGCCAUCUGCCUGGACCCGUACUGCGGCCUAGGCUUCGUCCUCUGGUGCCUUUGCAGUGUGUACUCAGGUCACCAGUCCAUCCUCAUUCCUCCGUCUGAGCUGGAAGUGAAUCCGGCUCUCUGGUUAUCGGCCGUCAGUCAGUACAAAGUCCGGGACACUUUCUGCUCCUACAGCGUCAUGGAGCUGUGCACCAAAGGCCUGGGCCUGCAAACCGACUCGCUGAAGUCUCGAGGAGUAGACCUGUCCCGGGUGAGGACCUGUGUGGUCGUAGCAGAGGAGCGUCCCAGGAUAGCCCUGACGCAGUCCUUUUCCAAACUCUUCAAAGACCUCGGACUCCACCCGCGGGCCGUCAGCACCUCGUUCGGCUGCAGAGUCAACCUGGCCAUCUGCCUGCAGCAUAACCCCACCUACAUAUCUCAUACUUUGUUCUGUCUCCGUCCUCCCUCCUCCUUUACUUUCUUUGCUUCCUCUUUGAAUUCAUCCUCGGCCCCGUCUCUGCUGCUGCAGCCUCACAGGCUGGGAAAGCUUGCCGACCAGGGCACCUCAGGACCCGACCCGACCACUGUGUAUGUGGAUAUGAGGGCGCUACGCCACGACAGGGUCAGAUUAGUGGAGCGGGGGUCGCCACACAGUUUACCGCUGAUGGAGUCUGGGAAGAUCCUGCCCGGAGUCCGGAUCAUCAUCGCCAACCCGGAGACCAAAGGGCCGAUGGGGGAGUCACACCUGGGAGAGAUUUGGGUGCACAGCGGCCACAACGCCAGCGGUUACUUCACCGUCUACGGGGAUGAAGUUCUGCAGUCGGAUCAUUUCAGCUCCAGGCUCAGUUUUGGGGACACUCAGACAGUUUGGGCUCGGACCGGAUAUCUAGGCUUCCUGCGGCGGACCGAGCUGACAGACGCCAGCGGAGAGCGUCACGAUGCUCUGUAUGUGGUGGGCGCUCUGGAGGAAGCCAUGGAGCUGAGGGGGAUGCGUUACCACCCCAUUGACAUCGAGACCUCGGUCAUCAGGACGCACAAGAGCAUCACAGAGUGCGCGGUAUUCACUUGGACCAACCUACUAGUGGUCGUGGUGGAGCUGGACGGCUCCGAGCACGAAGCGCUGGACCUGGUCCCUCUGGUCACCAACGUGGUUCUGGAGGAGCACUACUUGAUCGUCGGGGUGGUGGUGGUCGUCGACAUCGGAGUCAUCCCCAUCAACUCCCGCGGCGAGAAGCAGCGGAUGCACCUACGCGACGGCUUCCUGGCUGACCAGCUGGACCCCAUUUAUGUGGCCUACAACAUGUAGCGGCCCCUAGUGGAUGAAAGAUAAACUUAAAAACAUCCAAGACUGGGGAACAAACUGAAGGCCAGGAGGCCAUUUUAGCCCUGUGCUUUGUCUUUCAGGCAAUCGCAUUUUGGUUUCUCGCCUUGAAGUUCUGGUUCAGUUUGGAGAUUAGCGCUCGUUCGUCUGGGGAGAAGGGAAGCUGGUUCCUUCAGGGCACAUUUAUGCUGAUAUCAGAAAGAAUUUGGCUUCAACAGCAACAUCUGGCUCACUCUAUAUUAUCCUGUUUUAUUUUUUAAUUUCAGAACAGUCCUGGCUAUUUUUGAAAAUGAUAUUUACACAAAAAAACUAAAAUAUUUUGUGUUUUUACAACCAUUACAAAGUUGUGAGAUAUGUUUUGAUAUGAGGGCGGGGCCUAAGUGAAGCCAAUCACAUCUGAACCUUAGUUUUACCGUGAGGUACGUUCAUUUAGCGUUGGGUUUUUUAUCUACCAGCUGGUCCAUUUCACCAGGUGCUCAUGUCCACACAGGUGCAGCCUUUAACAGCUCGUAUCAUGUAAGUAUGUACAAAAAGAAACCAAUUUAAUUUAUUUUCUCUUUUAGAAGUUUAUGAUUCAAGAAUGUUUUUGUUCUUGAAUAUUUGCUAAUAUAAAAAGAAAUUGUACUAUCUCAAGUGAAAGACUCACGUUAAGCAUAUUAUUAAAAAAUACAAAUAUAUGAUGAUAGAUUAUAUUGAAGAUGAAGGGUAAUAUUUCUGUGGAAAGCAGGUUGAUUUACGGUGCUGUUUUGUCUGUGUUUUGGUCUGAAAUGUGUCCAGCUCAUUCCAGCUUACAAAAGAAAGAUCCUGAUCCAAAAUGUCCUAAGAUGUUUGUGCAUAACAGGCAGUUUGCUGGAGGAUUUUCUUCAGUAAGGGAAAAGUAAACUUUCUAAGUGGCAUUGAUUUAAGAGCUUGUUAAAUCCUCUAAAGACACCUAUUACAUCACCAACCUGUUAUUAAUUGCACUAUUUGGGUUCAAACUCAAGUCUUUAGAAACUAAAAGGAACUAUAUUUUAGCCUUAUAAUAUAGAACAUGGAGAAAAUUAGGUAUAUAAAUACUUAAAAGUUCCCCUCACCAUAAACUGAGCUCUCUGUUCCACGGCUUUGCUGCCAUCUAGUGGUCACUAGGAGUAGUACAAUCAGAGCUUUUCUUAAAUACACCACCUUCUACAUUUAUUGGUAUCUCUGAUAAGGAGGUGAAAAAGCCUUAAAAUAAAUGAAUCUUCUGUUGCAGCAGAAUCAUCUCACUGACAAAUCUAGAAAGCAUUAAUAUCAAUUUAGCGAGAUGUUUAGGAACCUGUUUGGUGCGGGGACAGAGAUGGCCUUCGAAGAACGUGGAUGAACCAUUUCUGUUUGUUUUUUUUUUACCAUCAUCUUGUUUUGAUCAACCAGAUUUUCAUUCCAAAUGUCUCGAUACUUCAAAGAGUUCAGUUUCAAGGGUCUUUGGGGGGGUGGGGAGGAAACAGGCCCACAGCAUCACAUAUCCUUCACUGUACUUAUUAGUGAGCACAUGGUUUCAGCUGCAGUGAUGGCAAGACAAAGCUUUUUCUUUUCUCUGCAGUGCCUCCCAAAAAACCAGUUACCAUGUACAAUGUGUCUAAAGGGUUGCUACGGAGACUUGACCUCCCAUCAUUGUGGUUUGGAGAUUAGAGAUAAAUAUGGAUCCAGCCUCGUCUGUCCGUUCCAGAUGAUUCAAACUUUAAUCCCAGGUCUGACUGUAAAUGUGGGCAAAUUUAGCAGCUAUUGUAACAUUUCCUGAAUAAUGAGCUGCCGCACCUAAAAAAUGUGCUCGAGUCUUUCCCAUUUUCAGGAGUAGCUAUGAGAAACCGACCUUUGCUUUGUGUGCUAUUUAUUACCCAUCAACUUAAAAUGUAGUAAGGAAUGAAAUAGUUUGGGUUUUGCUACAAUGUGAGAUUCUGCUACUGCAGAAGAAGAUGAAUUUAUUUUCAGGCUAAAAACCCGUCUCUACCAGGUUUACCGCUGCUGAUUGUAAAGGGGACUGUGUGUUAAAUCUUUAUUACUGACCUUCGCUGGAAUGAAACUGGUGCCUUCAGACCGACCAGCAGCAGCGCUUCAUCUGGAGACGCCACUCCAGCUGUAAAUAUCAGAAAGAGGAGCCCCUUCAUAUUUUUACACAAACACCCUGGUUCAGGGUUCAAACAGUGAUGUCAAUGAUAGAAAUAAAAGUGUUUUAUCAGAGACCCUUUAACUCAAUGAAGAGCUACAGAGAAUGUUCCACUUUCAACCCAUGAGGAUCCUUUUUUUUUUUUUUUUACAAAUAAAGCACUUUCUUCACUCUUUCUUUUCAGCAGACUGUAUGUUUUAAAAUUGUUGUGUUGGUGUCAUGUCUUUUCAUUUAAAUAAACAUUUCAACAAUUUUGACACAAA